CCAUAUUCCUUUUGAGGCUGCUAGAAUUUUUUAUUAUUAUUAUCAUCAAUAUUAUUUUAUUUUAGGGAUUUUGUUGUUUUUUUCGAACUUGGGUUCUAUAAAUUGGCACACUUCCCUCCCUACUCUCAUCACUGCCUCCAAUAUUCAGAGACACAAAAAUAUCAAGAUGGAAUCUUCUUCAUCUUCUACACAUUUUGCCACAUGUUUUCUCACAGCACUUUCCAUUAGUUUCUGCAUAAUCUCCUCAACCUCAGCAGCCAGAGACCUUGCACCAAAAACCAACACUGAAUUCAUCAAAACAUCUUGCCGUGCAACAACCUACCCUAAACUCUGCCGCACCUCUCUCUCAAGCCAUGCAAGCACAAUCCAAACAAGUCCUAAGCUCAUGGCUGGUGCAGCCCUUAAUGUGACACUUUCCUCUGCCAAAUCCACCUCUGCCACGAUGCUAAAACUCUCCCAAAGCCAUGGUUUGAAGCCUAAAGAAGUUGGUGCCAUGAGAGACUGCCUCGAAGAGUUAAGUGACUCGGUGGACGAGCUCCAGAGUUCUAUAGCUGAGAUGGGUAACUUCAAAAGCUAUGAUUUUCAGCUCAUGAUAAGUGAUGUCCAAACUUGGGUUAGUGCUGCUUUGACAGAUGAGAACACAUGUUCUGAGGGGUUUGGUGGAAAUGGGAUGAAUGGGAAUUUGAAGACUGCUGUGAGAGGCCGGAUUGUAAAUAUAGCACAAUUGACUAGCAAUGCCUUGGCUUUGAUCAACCGAUACGCCUCUGUUCAUGGUUAAAUCGAUUUACUCUGCUCUGUUAAGAUAAUUACGAGGAAGAUGCUUGCAAUUGUUUUAUAAUUUUGAUGUGUGGUUCUUAGAUACUCAGAUUGUAUUACAUAUAUAUAGUGUUGUGAGGGUGGUCUUGUUGUAAUUGUACAUUUUAAAUGCUUGAUCUACGAAUCUAUUGGUUUUCAAACUUAGAUGGUGUUUGUUGGCCUUUGUA